CGCUGUUGCUUCAUCAGGUUCACUCUCUCACACAAAUAAUUGAGUUUGCUUAAAUAAAACGUGACUUUUAUUUCGUCCUCUCUGACAGGUGAAAAGCAGCCUUGUCUGAUCUGAUGGACGUGAGGAGCAGCACCGAUCACGUUCCUCUCUGCCACGAGUCCCUCAACGGCUCGUGUCCAAAGUCCACCUACCCGGCCGCCUUCCGCGUUCCUCUCUACGUCUUCUUCGGCUCCUCCGUGGUGUUGACGGUCGUGGGCAACCUGCUGGUGAUCGUCACCGUCGUGCACUUCAAGCAGCUCCACACCCCCACCAACUACCUCAUCCUCUCCCUGGCCGUGUCGGAUCUGCUGCUGGGCGGGUUCGUCAUACCCCCCAGCAUGGUCAGAUCCGUAGAGUCCUGCUGGUACUUCGGAGAGUGGUUUUGCAAGGUGCACACCGGCACGUACGUCAUGUGCUGCACCGCUUCCAUUCUGAACCUCUCUCUGAUCUCCAUCGACCGCUACUACGCCAUCGGCUAUCCUCUGCAGUACAGCGUGAGGGUCACAGGCAGGGCGGCGAUGGUCAUGAUCUGCGUCAGCUGGGGUAUCUCCGCCGUGGUUGGUUUUGGGAUGGUGUUUCUGGAGCUAAACAUCGUGGGUAUCGACGAGGAGUUUUACAACAGCGUCGCCUGCACGGGCGGCUGUGUGUUGUUACAGAGUGUCGCGUCGAGCACCGUGUCCUCGCUGUUAUCCUUUUACAUCCCCGGUUUGAUCAUGCUUUGCAUUUAUCUGAAAAUAUAUCUCAUCGCGCAGCAACAAGCGCGGUCUAUUCACGGCAAACACGCGCAGGGAAAGCCGUCCGCUGCCGCUGCUGCCGUGAGCAAAAUGGAAAGGAAGGCCACGAAGACCCUGGCUAUUAUAAUGGGGGUCUUCCUCUCGUUCUGGCUGCCAUUUUUUCUCUGCAACAUCAUCGAUCCUCUCUCUGGCUACUCGAUUCCUCCGCUAUGGUUUGACAUGGUCGUGUGGAUUGGCUAUUUCAACUCCACAUGUAACCCUGUUGUGUAUGCUUUGUUUUACAGCUGGUUUAGGAAAGCGUUUAGAAUCAUUUUACUUGGUAAAGUCUUUCAGAAUGAUUCAUCAAAAUUAAAUUUGUUUACAGAGUGA